UUUUGCAGGAACGUAAAGAAUACUCUUAAAUUAAAUGAAAAGAUGUUGGAGAUGGGGGUAGAGGACAGCGAGAGCUGGCACAAGCAGUACAAGGACAGUGCUUAUAUUUUUAUAGGUGAGAUAUACGGUCAUUAAAGGUGUCACAUUUUCGUGGGUUGAAGUGGUACCUCUCUAUAAAUUAAACCAUUUAGUCCCAGGAAAAGAGGAUGCUUAUUUUCAAAAAUAAGCUGACCAUAAAACAAUGAUACAGGUACAAAUUUCGUCCACAUUUCACAUGGUGGCAAAGGCACCAUGUGAAGGUACUGUUAGUGUAGCCUAGGUGUCAAAUAUAAUGCAUACGCAUUUCUAGUCAAUUUGUUUUUCAGGUGGAGAGAAGCGACGGCCAGAUAAAAUUAAUUUUGUCUAGGUUAGGUUUCAUUUAAUGAUUGAAAUGAAAUAAAUAAUGCUUUGGAGGUAGUACAUCCACAAAGUGGUUCUUCGUCUACCUGAUUCCUGGUCAAAUUGGAAUUUGGAAAUGUUGGUUUUUGAGGAUGGGGAAACCGGAGUAUCCGGAGAAAAACCUCUCGGAGCAAAGGAGAGAAACGACAACAACAAACUCAACCCACAUAUGGCGACAACGCCGGGAUUUGAACUCGGGCCGCAUUGGUGGGAGGCGACGUGCUCUCACCACGACGCCAUCCCUUGCUCCCCAAAAUGAAUGGUCACACCAUAUUAUUUUGUGUACAAGACCAAAAGUUUGAAAUAUAGAAUAAAAUAAUGGUAAAUAGUGCCAUUAAAAAGGGCUGCUGAAGAAUUUUCGUAAUGAUUAUUAUGAAUUGUCCAGAAACCGGUUGUUUUGAAACAAUGUUGUUUCAAUACGAACUCAAGCAGUGACGUUGCACAAAAAUUUUAAUCACUUCAAGUAUAGUUUGCGCAUGAACUAGAAAAACAUUUUGGGUCAAUAUUCUUUGUUCUUUACACUGUAAACCAAGUAUGCGCUAUUUACAACUCCGCUGAAUAAACUUGUAUCAAAAUCACUUCUAUCGAAACGACUUUGUAUCGAAAUGACCAGUAUCUGAAUUGCCCCACCUUUCUGUUGCUGUGAAUCAAAAUUUGCUAAGAUUACGUGUUUUUUCAGAUAAGGUCUUUUUUUUUUUCACAAGGGUCUAGAUUUAAGGUUUGCUUUUAUUUUAGGUGGACUUCCCUAUGAUCUUACAGAGGGUGACAUUUUGUGUGUUUUUUCUCAGUAAGUGCUGCAUUUUACAAUUAAUGAUCAUUUUAUUUUGUUAAUACUCUACUGUUGAAAUUUAAUAAAUUCUUGUGGAAAUUUCAACAGGAUAAUAAUAUUUGUUUUUAUUGUAACAGAUAUGGUGAAAUUGUUAACAUAAAUCUUGUAAGAGACAAGAAAACCGGAAAAACAAAAGGAUUUUGCUUCUUGUGUUAUGAAGACCAGCGUAGCACUGUUCUAGCUGUGGACAAUUUUAAUGGAAUAAAGGUUGGUACAUUUAUCUUCAUCAGAGGCAUCAAUGAAAUGAUACUCCCUUUUACUCAGGGACAUAGCUGAGGAAGAGCUAAGCAAGCUUUUUUAUUAUGCCUUCAGUGAUUAGCUUAAGCAUGCAAAUUUAGUUUAAAUUUUGUUCUUGUUCUUGGUCAAAAUUAAAUUCAGGUGAAAUUUUUUUUAUCCCAGGUUAAUUAUUUUCUCCUUUGUCUCCUGCAACUGUUGACUUCCUAGCCUGAAAAAGCAGUCAACAUUUGGCAACAUUACCACUGGUUUCCCCACCAAAUGACGUCUGAGAAACGAGCGCAGAAGUUCCAUACUGAUGACACGUUACUACCCAAAUCUGGGUAGUGUUUCUGAUUGGUUGUGCCGGAUGGGAAAUUUGAUUCAACCAAUCAGAAGCACUACCCCGAUCUGGCCAGUGACGCAUCAUCAGUAUGGAAUUUCUGCGCUCGUUUCUAAGACGUCAUUUGGUGGGGAAACCAGUGGUAGCGUCACCAAAUGUCGGCUGUUUUCUCAGGCUAUUAACCAAGAAUAGGUGAUAAUUUGUAAAAAAGGUUGCCUGAAAAUUUUGGUAUAAAGAAAAGUUGUCCCCUAAAAUGUGCUAAUGAACAUAUGGUUACUCCGUGUCCUCGCAGUUUCAACAAAACCCACCGGGAUAGCUUAAACUUUCAAGAUGGCCAAAGUUCUUCAGCCUAAAACAUCCAAACAGAAAAACAGGAUUUAGGACAGCUCUAAAUUAACAAAACUGACUUCUAAUUUCUGACUUUCGUGGAAAGAUUCUUUCACUGGGUGCCCCUUACUGUCUCCUUAUGAACCUCAAUUUAAUUUGGACCUAAAUAACAUACUCAUACUAGUCUUAUAUUUACAGUCCAUUUUUAAGUUAUCUGUUAUCCUUUCUGUGUCCUUUAGCUUGGUGGUAGAACAAUCAGAGUGGAUCAUUGUUCGAACUACCGGAGGCCAUUAAGUGAUGAGAAAGAUGAACAUGGGAACAGAAAAGAGAUUGUGGAAGUAGGUUGUGCUCCAAAGACACCCUCCCCAUCUCCCCCACAAUCUGAAGAAGAUGAAGAGGUUGCAGAUCUUCCGAAGAAAAGAAGGAAAGAGAAAAAGGCAAAGAAACAAAAGAAACAUAAAGAAGAAAAAUCUAGAAAGAAGCGAGAGACCAGUGGAUCAAGUGAGGAAGAAGGAGAAGAGAAAAAGCGUCGGCUUGAUUUGGAAGAUAAGGGUACUUCAAGAAGCGAACCAGGCAAGGCACAACCUAUGGAGAGAGAAAGGCGUAGAGAGUAUGAUCAAAAGGUGUCAUAUGAGAGGGACAAGUAUGAUUCUCAAGGUAAAACUUUGCGUGAACGGGGAUAUGAUGGUGAUAACAAUAGAGAUUAUAAGAGACAGGAAGGUAUGGAGUAUAACUCUAAGGAUGAUCACAGUCACAAACGUGGCCACAGACAUGACUUUUAUGAUAAGGAUACAGUUGAAGCACGUAAUUGGACUCGUAAGGAUAAUCGUAAUCAUCAUGCAGUAGAUGAGCACAGAGUUCAGAGGGACAGAGGUGCUUCUCGCGCAUCGCAUUAUGGCAACAGAGAUAACGACUUCAUUGAGAGAAGAGACAGGUCUGAUAAACGAGAAUACAGGGCAGCAGAUAGAGAUAGAGCUCGUGACAGAUCUGAUAGGUACAGUGAUCACAGGGGUCACAAGGAUAAACGAUAG